GGCAGAAGCCACGUCUAUAUGUGUGCAUGUCGCCACGUCCAUCCAUGCCGAUAGAAAUUACAGUUUGUUGUUAGUGCCGGUUGUAAAGAAACGUUAUUUUCUUAAUUAAAAACUUAUGAAAUACAUAUUCUAAUAAUAAGUAUGAUUUCCAAAAUGAAAUUAAAGUCAAUCUCAAUUAAAGUGCUUUUUCUCAUAUCUCUAACCUUUUGUUUCUCAUACUCGCAAGUAGUGGAAUCCAACCUCAUAGUAAAAAGUGCUGAAAGAAACAUUGAUUUAAAAUCUCAAGUGACGAAAAUUACCGCAAAACUUAUUGUCGAAAAUGGAGGAAAGAAUCCAGUGAAAAAUUUCCUUUAUGCCUUUGAACCAAAUAAUAAAGUUCACGUGAGUUCGGUGACAGCGCGACUUCGUGAACCAGGUCGAGCCGAUCUCAAAGUUACUCCAGUUAAAGUAAAGGAACAUCCCGAUAAACUUUUCUAUUCUGUUGAAUUCAAGGAUCCCCUUCAACCAGGAAGAUCGGUUAAUGUUGACGUUGAAAGUGCUUCCUCGCACGAAUUGAUUCCCCAUCCAAAGGAAAUCAAACAAAAGGAGAAACAAUUGGUAAAAUAUACUGGUAAUUUGUAUUUUUAUUCGCCCUACACUGUCACUAAACAAUCAACGACAUUUGUCUUUCCAUCGAGAAAUGUUGAAAAUUACUCGAAAAUCAAACCAGUCAGUCAGAGUGAUUCGACGAUUACUUAUGGACCAUUUGAGAAGAAGGAGGCAUUCUCUCACGAGGAAAUGUUUGUACAUUUCGAAAAUAAUAAUAAAUUCUUGACUGUCACGAAAAUGGAGCGAGUUAUCGAAGUUUCGCAUUGGGGUAAUAUUGCUGUUGAGGAGACUAUUGAAUUGCUUCACACUGGAGCUUUAUUGAAAGGAUCUUUCUCAAGAUAUGAAUACGCACGAGAGUCGAAAUCCGGUCAAGCUAGUAUUCAGAGUUUUGACACUGUUCUCCCAGCAGCAGCUUCUGAUAUCUACUAUCGGGAUGAGAUUGGAAAUAUCUCAACAUCACACACCAGACUUCGGAAAGAUUCUGUUGAACUGAAUCUACGACCACGUUUUCCCCUUUUCGGUGGUUGGAAGACUCGUUACAUUGUCGGCUAUAAUGUACCAAGCUACGAAUACCUCUUUCACUCGGGAGACAAUUACGUUUUAGAAAUGAGACUUCUGGACCACGUGUUCGACGAUAUGGUAAUUGACGAAUUAGUUGUGAAAAUAAUCCUACCCGAAGGUUCAAAGAACAUUGAAUUAAACGUUCCCUAUCCAGUCGUUCGCCUACCAAAUUCACUUCAUUACACUUAUCUCGACACCACCGGUCGUCCAGUUAUUUCCAUCAUGAAGAAAAAUCUCGUCGAGAAUCAUAUUCAAAAUUUAAAAUUAAAAUACACAUUCCCGAAAUUUUUCAUGCUACAAGAACCACUUCUUGUCGCUGUUGCUCUCUAUCUUCUAUUCAUAAUGGUCAUCAUCUACGUUCGUCUUGAUUUCUCCAUCGACAAGGACGAAGCAUCAGAAAGUAAAUUACGAGUUGCGGGACAAUGUGAAAAAAUCCUCGCCUCUCAAGAUAAACGAGUGACGAGUUACAACGAUUUAGAUGAACAACUCGCCUAUCUCAAGACAAGUAAAGAUUCAAAUGCAUUUUUAUCCGUAGCGAGAAAUAUUAAUCAGGAUUAUAAGAAUGCAACCAACUUUAUUACUGAAUUGGCACAAAAAUUGAAAGGCGAAUCGGGCGAUGUUUAUGAACGUGUUCAAGAAUUACAGAAACACGACAGAACUCUCAAGGAACUGUACAAUCAACAACAAUCGCUCUAUGUUGAUAAAUUGGUGACGGGGAAAAUUGGCAGACAACAAUUUAUCGACGCCGAAGCUGUUCUCACAAAAAAGAAGGAAGAAUGUGUCGAGAAAAUAAAUGCCAUUAUUAAAUCAUUACAAUAAAGGAGAAAAAAUAGUGGCGAAAAAGAAAGAAAAAGAGAACGAUUUAAUGUAAUUAAUAGUGAAUUAUUCUAAGAAACAAUUCUCAGUGUUACAUUUUUAUAAAAAUACAUAAAAAGUAAGCUCAAUCAUCAUCAGUGGAAAUACGACCUAUUUGAGAGAUAAUUUAAGCAAAUAAUUUCUAAAAUUACACAAUUGUUCUAAUGUUGUUUUUUAAAUAAAGAUGAAAAAAAUGGAAA